CACGUCAGGAACACUCAUCAACAGUGAACACAUCAGACCGGACACAGCGAGAAGCUCGAGCAUUUGUCCCCGAGGAGCGAGCGGACAAGAGAAGAAAUCAAGAAAACCCCCCUACCUCGCCCCAAAAAUGCCAAACCACAACAAGUCGCUUCCGUCCCUCCCCACGCCGCCGAGGGCCGCCGACCAGGAGAUCACGCGCUCAUCUCUCAUGGAGUCCGUCUAGCUUCCGCUCGUCUGCGCCCACUCCAAGCAGCCGCAGCGGUGAGUUUGAUCAGGAACUCAACUACUGCAGGUUGAGAUGAACGGUCCAUCGAAUUUCAUGCCUACUCCUGAACAGGAUGUUCUGGACGUCAAGCCCUUGAGGACAUUGGCUCCAAUGUUCCCUGCUCCUCUGGGUGUCAAUACAUUUAACCACUCAACCACGCCACCAUUGAUAUUUGUCACUCCUUCUGGACAAUUUCAAGGGGGUUUUGGUGAUUGGAAUAAUUCUGCUGCCAAAUCAUUUUUCGCUUUCAGCAGCAAGGAUGCUCGUGGAGGCAAGGCUGAUACAUUUAGUGAUCAGAAUACUGGUACUGGCAAGGCUGCCACUUUUGGUGAUCAGGAUGCUUUUGGCAGCCAGAAUGUUUUUGCUAGUGAUCACAGUACUGGUACUGGCAAGGCUGCCACUUUUGGUGAUCAGGAUGCUUUUGGCAGCCAGAAUGUCGCCACUGGUGUGCAGGAUGCUGCGAAAGGCCAGACUGCAACAGAUUGGACAGAUGUGAGUGCCAAUCCUAAUGGCCCAAUUGAUGCCAUUGCCAUUUCAGCUUACAGGUCAACACAGCCUAAUGUUAUAUCACUGGAUGAUGAUGAUGACGACGACGAUGAUGAGCCUUAUGCUGCUAACAAGACAUCAGCAUCUGGACGCAAGAUCAAGAGGCCAUCCCACCUCAGCGGAUACAAUGUGAGUGAUGCUUUGGUAAGUGACAGCUCCAACAGCAUGAAGGUUAAGCGCCCCAAAUCCUCUCACGGGAAAGCUGCUGCUGACAACGAGCAUGCCUUGCUUCCACCUUCUGAGGAUCCCAGGGAAAUUGUGGAGGCAGUUCUCAUGACCUUUGAGGCGUUGCGGCGUAGGCAUCUCCAAUUGGAUGAGGCACAAGAGACUAGCAAGCGUGCAGAUCUGAAGGCUAGUGCUAUCUUGAUGUCCAGUAAUAUCAGGGCUAACCCUGGGAAGAGGAUAGGGGUUGUUCCUGGAGUUGAAAUAGGGGACAUUUUCUACUUCAGGAUGGAGCUAUGUAUUAUUGGGCUGCAUGCUCCUAGCAUGGCCGGAAUUGACUAUAUGACUGCCAAGUUUGGUGACGAGGAUGAUUCUGUUGCAAUAUGUAUUGUUGCUGCAGGUGGUUAUGACAAUAAUGAUGAUGAUACAGAUGUACUGGUUUACAGUGGUUCAGGAGGUAAUAGCAAGAACAGUGAGGAGAAGCAUGACCAGAAGCUUGAGAGGGGCAACCUGGCUCUUGAGAGGAGCUUGUCCAGAAAAAAUGUAAUCCGUGUGGUUCGGGGCUAUAAGGAUCCAGGUUGCUUGACUGGGAAGGUUUAUAUUUAUGAUGGCCUCUAUAGGAUUCACGAGUCAUGGAAGGAGAAAACGAAGAGUGGAAUAUUUUGUUUUAAGUACAAGCUGCUGCGAGAGCCAGGACAACCUGAUGGGGUUGCAAUCUGGAAGAUGUCCCAGAAAUGGGUACAAAAUCCACUGACUAGAGGCAGUGUUUUAAAUCCUGAUCUAUCAUCUGGUGCAGAAAAUCUUCCAGUGUGUCUUGUUAAUGACAUUGACAGUGAUGAAGUGCCACACCAUUUCACAUAUACCACUCAGGUCGAACACUUGAAACCACUCAGUUCUGUGAAGCCUUUACAGGGUUGCAGAUGCCUUAGUGUUUGUCUGCCUGGUGAUGCCAACUGCUGCUGUGCACAGCGUAAUGGAGGCAGCUUACCUUACAGCUCAUCAGGACUGCUUGUAUGCCGCAAGACUAUGGUUUAUGAAUGUGGUGAAUCCUGUCGGUGUUCUUUCAAUUGUCGUAACAGAGUGACCCAGAAAGGAGUUAGGAUCCACUUUGAGGUCUUUAAGACGGGAAAUCGAGGCUGGGGUCUUCGUUCGUGGGACGCUAUACGGGCUGGUUCAUUUAUAUGCGAGUAUGUUGGUGAGGUUAUUGAUGAUGCUAACAUUAAUCUGAAUGAUAUUGAAGAUGAUUAUAUAUUUCAGAUGUCGUGUCCUGGUGAGAGGACAUUAAAAUGGAAUUUUGGACCUGAAUUGAUAGGGGAGCAAAGCACAAAUGUUUCUGCUGAUACCUUUGAGACUCUACCCAUUAAGAUAAGUGCUAAAAGAAUAGGAAACAUAUCACGUUUCAUGAACCAUAGUUGUGCUCCUAACGUAUUUUGGCAGCCAGUUCAGUUUGACCAUGAAGAUGAUCAUCGCCCACAUAUCAUGUUCUUUGCUUUGAAGCAUAUUCCUCCCAUGACAGAGUUGACUUAUGACUAUGGUGACGUUGGAGCUGAUCCUAGUGGUGUACGGUCUCCUAGAGCAAAGAACUGCCUUUGUGAAUCCUCAAAUUGUCGGGGAUUCUUUAUCUGACCGUGGAAAAUGCAUAUUCUAUCUAUCAACAUUCAACCCUACCAGCUAGAUUCUCGGCUUUGUCGACAACUCGACAUCGAAUUGUUUCUGAUUCAACAGCUAAUGUCGCAAGACAGCAUCAAUUUCGUCAUCCAAAAUUAUCACUCCAUGUGAAAUUAUUUUGUGACAUUUUCAAUCUAGCCCACUUAUAUUUGUGGAAACAUGUAGUGGAACGAUCUCUUACUAAUGGCCUUGCAUUUUACACAGAUCCUUUUUGGUGGCACCUGAAGAAAAAGUAGGACUGUUCGAACAGCUUGCAUCACUCUGUCGUUGUGGAACCAUUAUAUUAAUUAAUGUCAAUCUUUUAGAUGACCAUUCAGCAACUAAUGCACAAACGUUUCUUUUGUGGGGGAAGAAUGUUGGUCUUGGAAGUUCAAUUUUGUGUAGUUUGUAGACUUGUAGAGCAUUUAGUGCUGCUAAACUUGUGCACCUUAAGUCUUUUGGCUGUAAAAGAGCCUCGAGGCUCCAGCUGAAUUGGUUAGGCAGUCUAAGUAGCAUUUCUUUGAUCCUGAAUUUGACUCCACGUGAGUCAAUUUCAAGCUGGAGUUAAAAAAAACAUUCUUAUGUUCUAUACUAAAGUACAGUUCUAAGGCUCAACCAUGAUCAUAGUCGUUCUCACA